GUUUUGUCCUCCUCUCGGCCACCGUAGUUUCAAACCGAAGGAGGAAGGCUCAGUCCAAGAUGGCGCUGCGCUCGGUGUGUGCCGUCGCCCUGCGAGCCGGGACAGAUUCAGGGGUCAACAAUGUGAGGACGUUUGCCACGACAGCGCUCCUCUGCAGACGCACACCUCCUCUGGGUCCCAUGCCGAAUGAGGAGCUAGACGUUGAGAAACUGGAGUCACUGGAGAAAUACCGCAGCUACAAUCGUUACCUAAAACAAGCCGAGGAGGCGAAGAACAAACCUGCUUGGUGGAAGACCUACCGGAGCUACGUGGAAAAAGCUGAUCCCGAGCAUGGCGCAGAGCGAGUGGACAUUGGACUGCCGUACUGUCGACCCCAAAGGAUCAACGAGGUGAGGCAGAGGAGGCAGGUGAUAAAAGAGAACAAGAAAAACGUGGAGCUGGAGAGGGCAACUCGUCUGCGCACAUUUAAAAUCCCUCUGGAUAAAGUGCAGGAAACCUGGGAGAAGAGCAGCGGUCCGUUUCAUAUAAUGAAACUGGCAGAUCACUACGGGGUCUUCAGAGAUCUUUUCCCCAUGGCCUAUUUUCUACCCCAAGUCUCACUCCACAUCUCCUAUAGCCAGGACAGCAGUGGACAGGUGUAUUAUGGGAAUAGGCUGACACCAACUGAGGCAGCAUCUGUCCCUCAGAUCAGGUUUGAUGCAGAGGAGGGCUCCCUGUGGACCCUUCUGCUCACCAGUCCAGAUGAGCAUCUUCAGGAUAAUGAGGCAGAAUACAUCCACUGGCUAGUAGGGAACAUACCAGGAGGAGCAGUACAUGCUGGGGAGGAGCUGUGUCACUACCUGCCCCCCUUCCCUGCCAGAGGAACGGGCUUCCACCGCUACGUUUAUGUCCUCUUCAAGCAGGAGCGACACAUCAACUUACAGGAGGAUGCCAGGCCAUCGCCAUGCCAUUCUCUGGUGGAUCGUACAUUUAAGACGUUGGAUUUCUACAGAAAGCACCAGGACAAUAUAACACCUGCAGGCCUGGCAUUCUUCCAGUGCCAGUGGGAUGAAUCUGUCACCAACACCUUUCACAACACACUCAACAUGAGGGAGCCGGUGUUUGAGUUUAUCCGUCCUCCAGUGUACCACCCUCCACAGGUCAAAUACCCUCAUGGACAGCCCCUGCGCUACCUGGACAGAUACAGAGACGGAAAGGAGCACACCUAUGGAAUAUAUUGAUUGUGAGACACACACUCGCAGAGAGGAGAACUUCAUUCCAAAUGUGUAGUUAUGUUUGGCAUAUUUAUGUUAAAAUAAAGUUUUUUUUCAACUGGG